CGCCCCGCCCACGCGUUUCCGGGUCUCAGUCUUCAGCUUCCAGCGUUCUCGGCAGAGAGACUGAGGCUCUGAUCGGGAACAGCGGCUGGCGCGGGCACCCUGUUGUCCUUUUCUGCACCUGCUGUGAAAAGUGUUUCUCCGCAGCUCGGCCCUGGGCUGCUCCGCCAGAUCGGGACGUAUAGGCCUGGGCCGUGGCCAGGGAGGCCUCAAGGUGGCGGCCGGAUCCGAACAUCAUAACCUUGGCUUGGAGCCGAGAUGACCCACUCUUUGGUUUGUCCCGAGACCGAGAGCAGGGUGAGCUCGGUGCUGAAUCGCAACACCAGGCAGUUUGGGAAGAAGCACCUGUUUGACCAAGACGAGGAGACGUGCUGGACCUCGGACCAGGGCCCCUCCCAGUGGGUGACACUCAAGUUUCCCCAGCGAGUCCGUGUCUCCCAGCUGCAGAUCCAGUUCCAGGGUGGCUUCUCCAGCCAUCGGGGAUGCCUGGAAGGUUCGAAGCAGGGUGAGGCACUUAGCAAGAUUAUAGUCUUCUACCCCAAGGACAACAACUCCCUCCAGACCUUCCCUGUGCCCCUGGCCGAGGUGGACCAGCUGAAGAUGACAUUUGAAGACACCACAGACUUCUUUGGCCGUGUGGUCAUCUACCACCUGCGGGUCCUGGGGGAAAAGGCAGCGUGAGGCCCUAGAUGGCCACCACCUCCAGGGAGCCCUCGGGAAGCACUUGAGUUCUGCACAGAGCGUUUAUUGGUUCCCCUAGGAGGGUCCCCUCCCCGCCUGUCCAGGAGCUGCCUUGGAGGCCAGGUCUGGAUGCCUGCAGCGUCGCCUGGCCCUUCCGUUCCCUGAGAGUCUGAGUCCUGGCGGUGCCUUCACUCAGGGCCCACGGGCCCCAGGCUGCUCUGGAAGAGCUUCAGGAUGUGGUUCUCCAUCACCUGUUGCACUGGGGCAGGGAAAGGGAAGCCAUGAGCAGGACCGGAAGUGGUUGCUGAGGACAGAGGGACCCCAGCCCUGGGUCUAGUGAGAGGCCACUCUAGACCAGGGGAUUCACACCCCUCCCAUGGAAAAGCCGCUCCCAUCCCACCAGCCUCACCUCCGGGAAGUUUGUAAAAAUUCUUUUUGGUUUUGUUUUUUGAGACAGGGUUUUGCUAUGUACUUCAGCGUGGCUUUGAAAUCACUGUGUAGCCCAGGCUAUCCUUGAACUCAGUGAUCCUCCUGCCUCAGCCUCCUGAGUGCUAGGAUUACAGGUAUGUGUCACCACACCUAGCUAAAAACAGUUAUUUUAAACCAAGGCUUCCCCUCAGGUUUUAUGUCUUCUAAGCCCACUUGUCCUUCCAAUCUUCGACUUCCCAGUCUCCACAACAAUUAAAAUAAAUCUCUUUUUGUGGUAA